GGGCUACGGGAGCUGUAGUUCCGCUUCCGCGUUGCUAAGCAACCGCAUUAGGCCGCGAAGGCGGGGAACCAGCCAGCGCGUUCCUUGGCCGGGCUCCGGCUCGCGCGGCCGGAGAGCCGGGGGAGGGCGCGGGCCGUGGCCUUUUGGCAGGUGAGGAGGAGGAGGAGAGCGGAGCGAAAUGCCGAGAGAAGCUUCAGCACAGCGGCCAGAGAGAGAGAAUAAGAGAACAGGCCCCGCCUCUGCCUUUAGGCCCCGCCUCUGCCUCUAGGCCCCGCCCUUUAGGCCCCGCCUUUCUGCGCUUGCCGGGUUCCGAUGCGCAUGCGUGCGCUGGUAGCUUACAUAGAAUCGUAGUUGGAAGGUAUUCCCAGGGUCAUCUUGUCCAACCCACUGCGAGGGUUAAAGCACCCCAAACAUAUUAAAUUGACUUCUUUUUAAUGGAUUAAUUGAUAAAUUUAAAUAACUAUGCACGUCAUCAAACCUUGAUAUAGGUGCUUUAAAAAAAAAGGAGAGAUAGUUUGGUAUAUACGCUGAACUGAAAAUUUAACCACCCAUACUUAAAAUUGUGUGCUGUCGCAUGUUAGGACAGGCUGUCUGUAAUCUUGUCUCCCCCCCCCCUUUCUUUUCCUGUUGUUAGAACAUACCAGCACAUCGAAAACAGCUGGAAAAGGAAAUAAAUGUGGGUCUCUCCUUGUUGACUCAGCCCCACCAUUUUAUAAUUUGUCUUUCCAGACAGACCGACAAAAACGUUUGAUUGGUUCAUCUAGCCACUAAACCUUGCGGCCCUGAAAUAGAUCGCUUUAUGCCACGUUCAUAACUGCAUUUACUCAAAGGUAAGUCUUAAUAGUGGAAGUGAUGUUAUUUGUGGAGGAUAAGGUUACCUGUGGCUACUAGACAGCUGUGCUCUGUUGUUGAAGGCAGUAGACCUCUUGAAUACCUUUUGCUAGGAGAGAGUAUAUCUUCACUCAGGUCCUGUUGACAGGCUUCCCAGGGGCUUCUGGUUGGCCACUCCAAAGACAGGACUUUGGACUUUUAUUUUUAUGAAUUCAAUUUUUAUAUCGCCAGCUAUCAAAAGAUCCCAGGGCUAUGUCCAACAUUAAAAACACAUUACAGAACAUCCAUGAUAAAAACAUAAAAAGCAUAUGUACAGACAGCCUAAUAAGGCAAUAGUCAUCAUCACAGUCCUCUCCCACACACUUUCCACAGGCUAUAGCUUGUUUAAUGGCUAAAGGCCUGGGUAAAGAAGAAUGUUUUUGCCUGGUGCCUAAAGACAUAUAAUGAUGGCUCUAGGGAGAGCGUUCCACAAUUGGGGAGCCAUCACAGAAAAGGCCCGGCUCUUGUUGUCACCCUCCGAACUUCUCUGGGGUGGGGGAUGUAGAGAAGGGCCUCAGAUGACAAGCGCAUAGUCUGGGUUGGAUCAGCCUUUGGCCUGAUCCAGCAGCCAAGCUCUUCUCAGUCAGAAGUAUGUCCCACUCAUGUUCAGUAGGCGUGUGGGGGGGUGUAUUCACAGACACAGUGUGUAUAGGCUCACAGUCUUUGUUCAGUCCUAUAUACCCCAUCUGACAAUAAGAAGGUCUCUUUUUCUCAUAACGGGCUUUUAAACUUUGCAGCGCUCUUUACCCCUUUAUUGCAACGGGAGCAACUGAGCUGCUGCCCUCAUGGAGAGACGCGACACCUUGAUGAGGAAGAGUUUCACAGUGCUGCAGGAAAUGAGCAACCGGAAGCAGCGGCAGCAAUCGCAGCAGAACAAUCCGGUGUGGACUCCUCCAUCCAGCGGCAAAACCAUCUCCAGCAAAGCAGGCCAAGCAGUGAGGGAGUACUAUGAGAAGCAGGUAGGCAAAGCCUUGAUAUGAGCAGAAUCCUAGCACGAAUUUGAAAGGGCCCUGGCCAUCAUUUAGUCCAGCCCUGCCUGCUCAGUGCAUGAUGCCAUUAACGGCAGAGGUUGCCGACACGGUGCCUCCUUUUUCGUCUCCUUUGCACCUCAAUUCCUCUCCUUCCCCAGGCUAAGGAACAGCUGGCGAGCCCUACAAGGUCUCCCUACACGCCCGAGGUGGAGGAACUGCGGAAAUCCUUCCUCAUGCGCCCUGGGUGCCCCAGGUACAGCCACAGAGCUACUUCAACAUCUCACCUUGGUAAGACUCAAGAGGAAGAGGCAGUCUCUGUGGGAGGCCAGGGCGGUGUAGUGGGCUGGAGGACAGCUUUCCCCAACCUAUGGUUCUCCAUCCAGGCACUGCUGGGCUGCAACUCCCAUCAGCCCCCAGCCAGCAUGGCCAAUGGUAAGUAGUGGUGGGAGCUGGGAGUCCAACAACAUACGGAAGGCAGCAGGUUCCCCAUCCCUGAGCUAGGUGGAGCAAUGGGCUGAAGUGUUUUUCUGUAGUGCAGAGAUGGGGAACCUCCGCCCAGCACCAAAGAUGGCUCUUCAAGCCUCUCUUUUGGGCCCUUGGGACUCUUUCCAGGCUACAUCCUGUUCACAGCCCACACCCCUGCUGGGUACCUGCAUGUGUGCUUUUGUCUGGCUGAGAUGCAUCAUUGUACUCUGCUAACAUCUCCUUUCCUUUCCUUUCCCUAGCUAGCAGGACCAGUGGUCAAGGACGAUGGGAAUUGUAGUCCAAAAACAGUUGGAGGCCCAAGUUUGGGAAACUCUCUCCUACUCCUACACUCCACCCUCGUCAACACACAGGAAGGAUAGAGAGAGGUGUGGGGGUGCCUAUAGAGACUAGUUUACUGCAAAAGUAAAGUUUAAAUUUAUUGCUCCACCCAGUUUUGCCUCUGGCCCCACCCACCACUAGCAUGUGGCCCCCCCAGAAGGUUGCUGAAAAGGAAAUGUGGCCCUUGGGAUGAAAAAGGUUCCCCACCCUGCUCUGGGGGCUGCACUCAAGCAGGUGAGAUGUGUGCAGUAGCUAGGAGCAAGCAGUCAUCAAAGUACUUUAAUGAGCACCUUUCCAUCCAUCAUUAUCAAUCAAGAAGGCAUCCUAACUGAACUCAAGAAAAUCUUACUUGAACUGUCAGGAUGUUGACGUACAUUCCAGAUAACCGACUCCUGAGCUUGCUAAGUGCUGUUGUAACCCUAACCUGCCCCUCUUCCAUAAUCUUCUCGCGUCCAAAAUGUCUCUUCGGGUAGGCAUGAGAACCAGUGGUCCUCCAGGAUGUUGCUGGACUUCAGUUCCCACCAGCCUCAACCAUCAUGGCCAGUGGUCAGGGAAGAGGGGUGUUGUGAUCAUCCAGCAACCUGCUGAGAGCUGAAGGUUUUGUUUUGCGAUUUGCUGCAUGCUGUCUAAACUGAAAAAGUGGUGCCUCCAUUGUUGGUGAUUUCCAUGCACUGUGUGUGUGAAAUACCCAUGUAACCGUCUCCUUCCUCCUCCUCCUCCUCCUCCUCCUCCUCCUCCUCCUCCUCCUUCUCCUUGCAGGGAAUGAGAUAACCAAAGGCCACCUGCCUUGCAACAUCAGCACCAUAAGUCUGUCCUCCCAGCUCUCCUUGGAAGAAUGGAACUUGAUACUUCAGAGACCAGAUAUCUUUGAGUCAAAGAGCUGCCUCAGAUGUGAGUGCCUUUGUCUGACUCGCUGGUUCCCACACAAAUCCUUCCCCUCCCCUCCCCUUCCUGCUGCAAAUCGGAGUUUACAUCUCAGGACUAUGCAGAAAGGGGUGUGGGGCAGGCAGCUUUUGCUAUGUUUAAACAAAACUGCAGUGCUUUCGUUUCAGCUGCUAUAACUCGCCUCUUUUCAGGCAACUGAGCUGGACAAUUUCUAGCUUUCCGAUGCGGUACAUCCCAGGACAGCCUUCUUUUUAUAAUGGCAAUGUAUUAAAUGUAUCAUUAAAGGGCUCCACUUUUGCCCAUGGCACCCUGGGUGCUUCCAGACGAUUGCUAGACCCGUGUGGGUUUCAGUCGCAUCCCAGCAGAUUCAGGACUAGCGUCGGAGAUGAUCCAUAGCACUACCUUGACGGUGCCUUUCUCUCCUCCACUUCGUUGCCAUCGCACGCACAGAUUGUCCGGCCUCAUCUACUCAGAGCAUGUCUGGGUUGCCUAAGUGGAAAAGUUUCACCGAGGGCUUCACAGGCGGCACCUACCUGAAAAGUCAAACCCGCAAAGGAAGCAGAAUCCCAUGGUACGUCAGUCUGCUGCAGGAAAAGGUAAGGAUGUAACUGUCAAAGCAGCUUGGCAGAGGAAAGGGAGCAGGGAACUGGGCCGUGCAAGGCUUACUGGAAAGCACUGGCACUGGCCAGGCCCAUCCUGGUACCCUGGAUGCUGAGCAUGGGGGGACUCAUGCCUGUAGUGGAGUUCUUCAGUAUAACCACACUGUUGUGAUGUUUAAGGCAACUUUACUUGGUCACAGCAACGGCCUCUGGGGAGAACGCAAAAGUGGAAACUGCAAGCCUAUGAAUUACGCAGGCUUAUAUAGAGCCAUGCCCUCACCUUAGUUUUACAGGUGCAUGGAAACUAAGUCCCGUUCUCAGGCGGAAAGCAUGCCUGCCAUAUUGGAGCCUGCUCUCCAUCAGACAAACAUUAAUGCAGCCAGAGUAAUAGAGCUAUCCUUCUGUAGUUACAGGUUUUUAUACCAUGUGUAGGCUAUUUAUCAAAGCAUAUACAGUUCUACAAUUUCCACUAUGUGCCCUUCCAGGGAGGCAGCCGAAAGUGGGCCUUCUGGUGCAGGUCAAUGGAUCUGAGUAGGUUCAACACCAGGAGAAGCGUUCUGAAAGAUGUAGGGGUCCUGAACUACACAGGCCUUUAUAGACCCAAGUUGGCAUAAUGAAUUGGGGCUUGGGAACGUACAGCUGAUGGAAAGAUCUCUGGCUCCUGGAGAUCUUCUGCCUGUCUGAGUAAAAAAUACUGGGCUACAUCAGUAGUCUUCCUUGUAUCUGAGCGUGGCUGUCUUCCCUCCCUACCCCAUACAACAGUCAAGGGCACCUGUUUUCAGCUUGAGGCCACUUUCCCUUGUGGGGAGCCUUCUGCAGGGCCCACAUGCCAACAGGGGGCAUGGCCAGAGGCAAAAAGUAGGCGGGGCAGCAGGUACAGCUCUUUCCCUUUGCACAGCAGCCUACAUUCCAGUAGGGCUUCUAUACAGAAGCAUCCAUUUCUCCAUACUCUGCCAAGGCAAGUAAGAGGCACGAACUGAGCUCUGGGACACCUUCCAGCCAGGCAGAAUCUCUCAAGGAGGGCAUAGAGUAGGGCCAGUAAGGGGGAAUGGCCGAGGAGUGCUGCAAGGGCUAGGAAGAGCGGCCUGGGCGGCUGCAUUUGGCCUGUGGUCUGAGGUUCCCUACCCUUGCUAUGUAAAUGGACAAAGUGUUUAUUGCCCUGGUGGGGCACCCAUGUCAUGCAACUGUAGGAAGUGUCUUUGAGGUCUCAACCUGGCUGUUCUCAUAUCUCUCCCCCCCCCCCCCCCAGGAUACAACUUUGCAAAAGAUGGAAGCGGAACUCGUCCGCCUUGCCAACUGCGAAGCGGAGAGCGUCCGGAAGGACGACGUGAUCUCAGUCCUCCGGGAGGAGCUGGAAGUGAUGCAGAUGCAGCUGGACCAGGCCCAGCAGGGGGGUGAGCUCGCCCCAGUGGAGAGUCCCGCCCAGAAGGUUGGCCCAGUCCUUUUUCUUUGUUUAUUCAUUUACUGCCUUUCUGUACUCCUUUUCCUCCAAGGAGCUGAGAUUGGCGUAUACGUGGUUCUCCCCUGCUCCACAUUUUACUCUCACAACAGCCCUGGGUGGUAGGUUAAGCUGAGAGGCUGAGGCCAGCCCAAGGUGAACCAGCAGGCUUCACACCCAAGUGGGGAUCCGAACCCGGGUCUCCCGGGUCCUAGUUCGACACAUGAACAACUGUUUUUUAAAUUUUCAUUUCAACAAUUUGUGUGCCACUUAACUAAAUGUGAGUUAAAACUAUGAAAUCAACAUUCACUUGGACAAUCUGCUGACAUAAUCUUUGGAAAAGAAAAAUAUCAGUAAGCACUGGACAUUCAACAGGCCUGCCUGACCUCAGCUGGAAAGGAGGCCACAAAAAUUGGAUCCAAGGCACUGAACACAGAGGCUCCUAGUGGAUACGAGCCAUGGGGGACCACUGGCAGCUACCUCACUGCAGGGUGUUGGACUAGAUAAUCCCCAUGGUCCCUUCCAACUCUACAAUUCUAUGAUUCUCUGGUUCCUGCAUUGCGGAGGGUUGGACUAGAUGACUUACGAGGUCCCUUGCAACUCUGCAGUUCUAUGAAAAGAACCACACAACACCACAUUGGCUGUCUGUGUGUAAUUCUGUAAGCCUCUAUAUGUCCCAGGGGCUCUUUUCUUUGCAAUCUAACUAAAGGGAGAGCAGGGAAAGUGAAUGCACAGCCUCUGUGCUAAUGGCAAAUGCUUGAGGAUAUGUUUGGUGGAUUCGCCCUCAGUGGCGGCUGGUGCCUAUAGGGAUUGGUAGGGUGGAAGGCCUGGAGGCCAACAGUAGGUGGCGCCAAAGCCAGUGGCAGGCACAGCCAGAGCCAAUGGCAGGCAGAGUCCCUAUGCUUCCUAUGCUGUGCAUCCUCUGUGCCCAGUAUUUCCUACAACAGUUCUGAGAUACCCUUCCAAGUUCUAGCAGCAUUUGCCCAAGUUACUGGAGGGCUGCACCCUCAGUUUCUAGCUUCAGUGCCUUCUGAAUCUUUUAUCCCUCUCCUUAAAAGGAACCGGAAGAAAAACUUACGGUGCAAGUGAGUGACCCAAACCUGCGCAGGCGAGGUGUCUCUCUGCCGGUCGUUAUGCAGAAGAAGAGCAUCCCGGAAGAAUUUCGGCAGGAAUUGGAGCGGUUGAAAUUGGAGCUAUCCCAGACAGACAAACAGGUGGACUCCAAGAUGGCGCUCCUUAGCAAGACGCUGCUGAAGGAUCAGAAUGAACUGGAGCAGCUGGAGAAAGAGGUGAGCCUAAAGGCCAGUUGGGGAGAAAUUUUUCUACACUCGUAGCAAAUUCGUUUCCCAAGCUCUGGUGUCCAUAGAGCCGAAACAGAACCGUCCACACAAAAGAGGGGAAGUUUCUGCAGGCAUGGGGAACACACAAAGAUUUGCAGAAGUACAAAACGUCUAUGGGGCUGGGCAGAACCCUGCCCCCUCCCCAAGCUAGAGAUGGGCUCCCUUUGACCUGUAGUUCAAUUGUGGCCCCCAGGAUUGCCUACCUGGCCCUUGGGAGUCCCUUUCCCUUGCCAUUCUGCCUUUCCCCCAGGCCACAGCAAGACCUCAUUCUCCAGUGUCCAAACUGACCUGGCUGGCACCCUCCUUAUCAGGGUCAGAGUUGGCAGUGGUGAAGUUAGGUGGUUUUAGACUCUGGUCUUAAGGACCCUACUCCUUUAGAAGGUUCAAUCCCCAGUGUCUCCAGGUCAUCCUGUUGAGGUGCUGCCAGUCAGUGUAGACGAUGCUGAACAAAGUAGAGCAAGCUUCUGACUUGGUUUAAGAAAGCUUUUAUGUGCCUAAGUCAUCCUCGUCACUUCGCUUACUUCCAAAUAUGGUCAGUCCUGCUGCUGUAUUUAACGGGGGCCCACCUGCUCACUCUGUGGGGUCCUAGGACCUGCACCCUAAAGUUGUGCCUCACUGGUGAGUAAAAGGUCUAAUCCAGGCAGGGAAAAUGGAGGAAGAAGGGGGAACGUUUGGGUGGAGGAACUUAGCAGAGGCCAGUUUCUCCUUUUUCCAGCUGUAAAUUUGGUUCUGCACAUUUCCACAACAAUUUGCCUUUUUUGGGGGGCGGGGACCCAACAUCCCCUAAACACUAGUGAGAAUUCAUCAGUAUUUUAGUGUGAAUUUCUCCUAACACAUCCAUUUUUUGGGGGGUGCAGUUUUCCCUACUAUAAUGCAUUUUUGAAUGCUGUUUUUAGUAAGGUAUGCAUUUCUAUGCAAAUCUUCUCCUUAGGGUAUGCAUAUUUUGCAUGCCUUACUUGCUUGGAGAGCCACAGCACAAAAUUUGGAGAAGUGCAGAUUUCAAAGGCUAAUUGCGUUCCAGCUUACGUGUUGCUUUGAGAAGUAUGAAUUGGGUAGUUUCUUGUUAAAACGUGAACGAAAUUGGCUUUCUCCCAUGCCCUUACUUUGGCAUCCCAGUCUUUCUUUGCGCUCUCUCUGCUCAGUACUCUGAAAUACAAGAAAAGGUACGCUUGGAGGGCGAGGAAGAGAUGCGUGUGGAAAGUGGGUCUUACGAAGAAGUGCAUAUGGAAGAAUCAGACGAGGAGCUUCUUUUUAUCAAGCUUAUCGAAUUCCAGAGGAUGAACGACGAGCUGUACGACGAGCUGGAGAAAGUGAAAUGCGAUUAUGACAUGGCCACAGGUACCUUUGGAAAGCUGAGAUGGUUAUAUAUGGAAACGGGUUGGCUAAUAUUUUCCUUGGGGAACCAAGAGUCACUCCUUCUGGAGGCAACCUCCCAUUGUAGGCGCUGAUUGAAAUGGAACUAAGGUGAGGCCACUGAGAAACAAGAGGGAGUUGUGAGCAUGCUCAGUGGAACCCUGAGGUUAGUUGAAAUGCAAAACAAUCAUUUUGGAAUCCUAAGCGGGUGACCUCCUCAAGAGCCCAAUGAGAGCUGAGCGUGCCCAGCAACCAUGGAUUGCUGAGUGUCAGUUGGAAAAAGAAAAGAAAACCAGGGCAUGGGGAAUGGAAUGGAUUUUCCUGGGAUUGGGCAUGGUAGCCCGUUGAAAAAAGAAAAUAAAACCAGGGAAUGGAGAAUGGAUUGGAGUUUCCUGGGAUUGGGAUUGGUUGUCCAUUGGACGAGAGCAUGCCUGCAAGAAGGUGAAAACGAAACAGCAACAUUGGUUUGCAAGUCCCUCCCUUGUUAAUUCAGAGGGUUCAUGCUAGUGGAGAAAGUUUUGAGAAGGGGUGGGUGGGAAAGGGAGAGACUUUCUGGCGAUCCAUACUGGGCGGCCUCAAUCACAUUCAUGGGCUUUUCUCUUGAUUCCCUAGGCGCGAUAUCUUCCUUGCAAAGGCAGCUGUCCUUUGAGGCAUCCCAGCUCCGGAAAGCUCACGCAGAACGGGAAUCAUUGCAGAAGGAGCUGAGGGAGCGGGGAGCUCAGCUGGAAGCCAUGUCUAAUAAAGUAUGUUGAUUGCGGGGUUACAUAGUUCUGCUGGAUUUGGAUUGCGGGGAAGGCUGAGAAUUCUUUCAAUUUUUUAAGGCGUGCUCUGAAACAGCUGAAUGCAUGAGAUGGUGAGGAGGGGGCCAUUUCUCAGUGGUCUUGAGCCCCUGCUUUCUGUAAGGAAGGUCUCCACUUCAGGACACUUGUCCUGGGAAUUCAAAUUAAUUUGAUGUGAAUUUGUUACAAAUUAAGAAUCGAAUAAGGACGCGGGUAGCGCUGUGGUCUGAACCACAGAGCUUAGGGCUUGCCGAUCAAAAGGUUGGCGGUUCGAAUCCCCGCAGCAGGGUGAGCUCCCGUUGCUCGGUCCCAGCUCCUGCCCACCUAGCAGUUCGAAAGCACAUCAAAGUGCAAGUAGAUAAAUAGGUACCCCUCUGGCAGGAAGGUAAACGGCAUUUCCGUGCGCUGCUCUGGUUCGCCAGAAGCGGCUUAGUCAUGCUGGCCACAUGAUCCAGAAGCUGUACGCCGGCUCCCUUGGCCAGUAAAGCAAGAUGAGCGCCGCAACCCCAGAGUUGUCUGCGACUAGACCUAAUGGUCAGGGGUCCCUUUACUUUUACCUUUAAGAAUCAAAUGGAAAACAACUACAGAGUGGGAAUGAAUAGGUUUUUAUAUACACAGAUGGAGGGAAAUGAAAGUUUUGUUUCAGAAAUAAUAAUUAAUGGGUUAAUGUGGAUUGAUAAACGGAUAAGCAAUCCUCAAUGAUAACACUGGAAAUGUUAACUAAUGCACAAGCAGGAAUUGACAAAUGGAUGGACAAGGACAAAAGGGGGAAAUUGUGAAUUAGAGACAAUUAUGAAAUACAAGCAACAAUAAGGGUUAAUUAUUGCACAUCUGGGAAACCCUUUUUUUUAAAAAAAAAAAAGGUUGUACUGUAUUAAAGUUGUUUAAUUCAUUAUGGAUUUGUGAAAAUGGAUAACAAUUAACUGGAGAAAGAAAAGGUAUCCAGUUCAAUCCCCGCUAUCUCCAGAUAAGGAUUUGGAACAGCCUCCCCUCUGAAACCUUGGACAGCCACUGGCAUUCAUGCAGCCAGUACUGAGCUAGUUGGACCAGUAGUCUGACUCAGCAUAAGAUGGCUUCCUUGGUCCCUGAGAGGGCUGAGAGAAUGGAUUGCCCCCUCCACAUGUUUCUAGCAGGUUUGCUGCUAAGAUCCUCAUUGCCUUAUGGUGAGAUGGCAGGUCUGUGGCUGGCUGGAGGUCCACGUGGCACUUGGAGGAAGUUGCCGUGGCCUAGUGGUAGAGCAUCCGCUUUGCAAGCAGAAUUGUCCUGGGUUCAAUCCCCAGCAUCUCCAGGCAGUGCUGGAAAGGUCCCCAGCCCGAGAUCCUGCAGAGCUGCUGGCGGUUGGGAGUAGACGUAAGGACGUACCAAGGGCCCUGCUCUUGGAUCAGGCCGGUGGUCCAUUUUGUCCAGCAUCCUGUUCUCACAGUGGCCAAAAGCACAAGAGCACUCGUUCCCUCCUGUGGUUUCCAGCAACUGGUGUUCCAGUAGCAUUACUGUCUCCCAACUACAGAGGCAGAGCACGGCCAUUGUGGCUAGGAUCCAUCGACAGCCUUCUCCAUGUAUUGGUCUAACCCUAAACAAUUGGUUGGUGGCCAUCGCCACCUCCUGUGGGAGCAAAUUCUGCAGUUUAAGUAAUCAAGGCAAUACUGAGUUAGGUGCAGCUGUGCUCUGGCUCAGUCUAAGGAAGCUUCCUGUAUUAUUAUGGGCUGUACCUUCCAGCUGGGAUUUCCACCGGGCCACGAACAUACUAAAUGGGGUUGUACCUUUAUCAUGCUUGCCUUUUUAUUUUAGUUUAGCAACUUGAGAGAGGAGAGGAAGCACGAAGAAAUGAUGGGCUCCAUCGAGAGAGAGAAUUACAAUCUCAGGCAGGUGAGUUGCUGCUCCCUGCCAGUAGGGAGGGCGAAUAUCUCAGUUUUGGUUUCUCUCAUUUUUUCUAGUCUUAAACUUCGCUUCUCCACAUUUCCACAUCAGUUUGCGCUGGGAGGGGGGGAGUCCUCAUGAAAUUCUCAGCAUUUCCGUUGGAAUAUUUCCUAAUAUACCCAUUAUUGCAUGCAUUUCCCCCUAAUUUGAUGCAUUUUAAAAUGAUAUUUCUCCAUAUAUAUGCAUUUGCAGGUGCGCUGCACCCUAGCGUAUGCAUUUUCCCCCACACCUUACCUGUCUGGGGAACUGCACUGGAAAAUUUGGGGAAGUGUGAAUUUCAGUGGAUGGACCGUGCUUCAGUUCAUUUCUUAUUUCAGAAAGUUCAAAUAAGGUGGCUUUGCCACUAAAUGCAAACUGAAUCCACAAAGCAGGUUCCUAAGUUCUAAUUGUGGGUCUCCAGUGUGGUUCCCAUGGGCAUCUGUGUGCUUGCCAGUACCUCCUAAGGCACCUGCGAAAGAGACCAAGCUUUUUGUGCACCAUUCCUGUUUCUACAGCCUCAGCCUCUCUUACAUUCAAGCCAUUAUACUGUUUUGUUUUUUGCUUUAUUUAUUACUACAUUUCUAUCCCACUUGUCCAUCAAGGAGCCCAAGGUGCUGUAUCCGUGUCUCCACUUUAUCCUCACAACAGCCCUUUGAGGUAGGUUAGACUGAGAGGUAAUGAUUGGCCCAAGCUGUCCCCCGACAGCAGCCAUCUUCUGAUAUGCCGUGUCCCCACAGCAGCCAUUUUGCACUCUCCUCUCACAUUUCAAUGAUUGUUGUGCACAGUGUUUGGCUGGAGAAAAAAAUUGGCUCAGUGUGAAUUUUCAAAGGAUAGCUGCGUUUCGGUUUGUUUCUUAGUCCAGGAACUGCAAAUUAGGUAGUUUCCCAUUAGAAAGCAAACAAAAUCAAAACCUCCAUCCUUACUCUUAGUUAACAGUUCUGUUUUUCUCCUCUCCUGCCAUGCAGGACCUCGCUGAUCUGGAAUCCAAACUAACUGACAAGAGCCAGAUGAUCGACGACUUGCAGAGCAACGUCAACCGGCUCCAGGCCGAGCUGUUACUGAAUCAGCACCAUGUUGGGAACCAGCUGAGCCGGCAGAACGAUCUGCAGAGGCAGCUGGAGAUCUUGCAGCGGGCAGAGCAGCAAACCAGAGUCACUCUGGAGAGCAUCAGUGCCAGGGUAAUCUCCUCCACAGAUCGCAGGGCUUCUUCAACCACUACUACCACCCCUGUUAUUGCUAUUAUGUCCUUGUUAUUACCGUUAUUACCAUUUGCAUUUCUUAUCGACCCUUCACCACAGCAGUGCAAAAAUAUGCUUCUAAACUCAGUUAAAACAAAGGCUGUUGGUCCAUCUAGCUGAGUAUUGUCUACACCAGGGCUUCCCAAACUUGGAUCUCCAGCUGUUUUUGAACUACAGUCCCCAUCAUCUCUGACCACUGGUCCUGCUAGCUAGGUAUGAUGGGAGCUGUUGUCCAAAAACAGCUGGAGACCCAAGUUUGGGAAACCCUGGUUUACGUUGACUGGCAGAGGCUCUCCAGGGGUUUUGUGCCCAAUGCAACCUGCCAGGGAUUGAACCCAAGACCUUCUGUGUUUAAUGCAUGCUUGCAUGCUUACAUGCAUAUGCGCAUGUAAUGUUAUGAAUGUACGUUUAUGUCCACACGCAGGCCCAAAGUAUUUUAACUAGUACCUCAGGAACAGAACUGAAUUCUGUCGGUCUGCGAAACGGCAGCUCCCAGAGUCUGGUGGUUGGUGCCCAUUGGAGCUGGUGGGGAGGCAGUACGUGGCACCAGAGCCAGUGACAGCUGCAGCCACUGCCAAUGACAAGCAGAGCCAGAUCUAGUUUUGACUGCAUCCUCCUUUCUGCAACACAAGGGCAACGCUAGGGCUAAGGAGAAGGAAUUGGACAGCCAGGGCCAUCCACAGGGCUGGAUGUAAGCAAGAAGGCAGGCAGGUGGGGGGGGGGGUGAGCUGCUUAUUGUGGGGCUGUACCCCAUUUGCCCCUCUUCCGCUUCCCAGAGUUCCUUGGGGUAAGCCAUGCUAUUUUAAAUGGAUAAAAAUCUGAAUUGAAGUUUCUAGUGCUCUUUGAAAGACGGAAACAAAUCAAAAAUUUGAGAAUGGCAUGAAACAUGGCUCUCGCAAAUGAGUAACUGAGAAUCCUGGCCGCUUCCAGAUUGUCCCUGUUUCAGGGGUGCGAUUCAGUCACGUGCUGGGAAAUCCAGAUUGUGCAACUCAGGUGGAUUUGGUGUUCUUGUGCAAUAAACCCACUUCCGGAAAAAAACCAGACCUUUUGCUGUAAGGAAAAUGACAGGGAUAUCCACUGGAAAGUGAGCGAUAAGGACUGCUUGGUGCAAUGUCGUUCAACCUUCUCCCAAAGAAAUCAGAAUAAGCAAUGGUCCUACUCGGAAUCUUUGUGCACGUGUAUCAGGACGAAUGUAGACUGGUUGCCUGGGAGAGACCUCUGCCUCACUGCAUUAGCUUUGAUUCUAAGGAAUGACAUUCUCUAAUUUUUGAACUAAGGCACUGUCCACUUCAUUCCCCCACCCUUCUUUUCACUGAAAGUUUGAAAGGUUUCGGAGCAGAAUCAUCCAGGCAACUUACAGCACCCCUGGCACCAAGUCUCCCCAGGCCGAAAUCACAGACGACGAAGUUUUAGAGUCCUUGCAGGUAAAGGCAACCAUGUGGAAGUCAGACUGUCACUGUGGCUGCAGUGCAGAAGCGGGAUGGGGGAAUGGAAUAACUGCCUCCAUUUCUAAUAGAAAGCUCCUCUGUGGAUCUGUCUUCCAGAAAAUAAUAACAGACCGUCUAGACUUUUACCAGUUGCUGAAACAGAAAGGGGUGAAAGUCCCAGCUCUGGGCGCCGCCGAACCGCCCCCUCCAAUCACUACCUCUAAGAAAAAGAGUUCCAGCAGAUAGAGAUUUGAAAGCUAAAGUCUCUCCUCUUCACAUUCUUUCCUAACUGGGGCUUGAUCCAUUCUUGGUCAUCUUCUAUAAUUCCUUUUCCUGACUCCAAUUAAAUGAUUGCACUUAAUGUUUAGUUUUUCUCUCUGACCCACUUGCCGCUUCCUCUUAUUCUGCAAGAAACCUGCUCCUACCAGUGGUGUAAGAUGCUAAUAAUUUGCAUUACCACCAAAGCAGUCAUGUCAUAUUGUUGCAAUAUAGCUUGAAGACCCAGCAGUAGCAACUACUUCCAAAAACACGUUAUAUAUUUUAAUUUUAUUGCUAGGGGCCUUGUACCCGGUGUUGCACAGGAAUUCUAAAAGACACACACACGAAUCAUUGCAGUUUUUAAAUCAGUGGUUGAAAUCAGUGCAGGGUUCAGUCCUCCAUUGUGAUUCCAAAUGGCUGUAUCCAGACAUGGAAGAAAACUUGCUCCUUGAUCUCAGAAACCAUCGUGCCAAAUUUGUGACAAUAUCUUAAGAGGUGGCUAAAUGAACAGACAAGCAACUUUCAAAAAAAAUAGCAGUCUGCAUUCAUGGCAUAACCUUGUGGCAAGAAAUUCUAUAAGUUUUAACUGUGCACCAAUCUGACACAAGUGUAAAAAUUGCUCAGGAAUAACCGUUCAGAUGAGAUAUAUUUAUAGGGUUGAUGCAGGUGGUGCUGUGGGUUAAACCACAGAGCCUAGGGCUUGCCGAUCAGAAGGUCGGCGGUUCGAAUCCCUGCGACGGGGUGAGCUCCUGUUGCUCAGUCCCAGCUUCUGCCAACCUAGCAGUUCGAAAGCACCUCAAAGUGCAAGUAGAUAAAUAGGUACCGCUGCGGCGGGAAGGUAAACGGCGUUUCCGUGCACUGCUCUAGUUCGCCAGAAGCGGCUUAGUCAUGCUGGCCACAUGAACUGGAAGCUGUACGCCAGCUCCCUCAGCCAAUAAAGCGAGAUGAGUGCCACAACCCCAGAGUUGGUCACGACUGGACCUAAUGGUCGGGGUCCCUUUACCUUUAUCCAGUUAAAUCCUAAUCAGAGCAGACCCACUGAAACGAAUGGAUCUGUUAGUCAUAUCCAUUAAUUUCAGUGAGUCUGCUAUUGAGUAGGACUAACGUUGGGUCCCACCCUUGAUAUUGAUGGAAUAAAUAUCGAUAGGAAGCCAGGUCAUUCAUUAUCUGUGUUCAGUAAGACACAAAUAAAUGCACAUUUGCUCUGUUCCGUGACAAGAAACACACAUUUCAGUCUGCCUUCCUUAUUCUUAAUUGGUGCCUAGCAUCCAAACAUCAACAAAAACCGCUGCCACCUCCCUUGGGAACCCUCAUUCAAUGUUUGGUGACAAUAUCUCAGGAGGUGGUAUGAACCCAUGCCAAAAAAUGGGUGAAGUCAUACCCAAAAUGUUUCAGUACGCUAUCUUAAUUCAAAAUGGCACCUGGAGUUCAAACAUCAAUGCACGCCUCAUCUUAGAAACCUUCGUCCUAAGGUUGGCAAUGGUAUCUCGAGAGGUGGCCAAACCUAUCCCAGAAAACAGGGAAAGUCACGCCAAAGUGAUGUUUCGUUCUGCCACCUUGAUUCAAAAUGGCACGCGGCAUCCAAGCAUUAAUGUAGACGGCUGUCCCUACCUCUGAACAAACUACAUUUCCUUUGUUGUUUUGAUAAUAAAUUAUAUUAAAUAAUAAAAUUAUUAAUAAAUUUUAAUAAAUCUCUUUUUUUUUUAAACUACAUUUCCCUGGAUUCUUGGGGAGAGAAACUGUGAUUGUUUUAAAUGAUAUAAUACUGCUUUAAAUGUUUAGCACAGCUGGGACCUAGGAAAUGAGUGAUGUUUUAAUUUCUCCUGGGAUUUGGGGGCAGAUGUGAAUUUGGUGUGACCUGGGUAUGGCCUAGAGAGAGUCUCAAGGGCCAUACAGAGAGGCCUGGGGAAGGAGGGGCGCUGUGUCUUGGGUCUGAGAUUACCCAUCCCUGGAAUAGAUCCAGUUAGUCGGAAGUCUUCUUGCACCUGUUUUAGGGUCCAUGAUCAGCUCAAGCCUGCCUGGGGCCUCCCCUUUGCCCCACGUGAACAGGGUGCCCUGCUAAGCGGAUCACUUGCACAUCACCCAAAAGGAGGAAAGGGAUUUGCCAGGAAAGGGAGGGCACAGAUUUGCGUAUACUUUUCACAGGCUAAUUUAUAUGAAUAGACGAUAGACCAGGGCCAAAUGAAGAGGCUCCGAGGCCUGAAAAGAUUAUGGUGCACCCACCC